AUGUCGAGGAAUAAUUCUGCAUACCAGUAAGCAAAAGGUCCUCAAACAUAAAUGUUCAUAACUCACCAAACACCCUAGGCCCAACCAUUAUAGCACUGGUCAACAGCCUCAAUACAAUCAAUACCAGCAAUCACAAGGCUACCACCCACAAUACCAGUAUCAAAACUCCACCCACCAAUUGCAAGGACAAACAUACCAACAGAACCCACACACGCAAUUUCAUUCCACACAUCCCGGAAAUCAACAACUAACCUACCAAAAUCCCUCCUACCACACUAAUCAACAUGAGCAAACCACUUAUCAAAACAGAGCAACAACAUGGGCUCCGCAAUACCAGCAGCAACAAACCCAAACACAACACCAAUACGUGCAGCCUACGCAGCUUACGCGGCAAUCACUCCAGAGUUUGCCCACUCCUGGGAGAAAUAAUGUGAAUGUGUAUUUGAGAGAUGAUCAGAACUUUGAGAGGGUACCUCAAAGUUUGGAAACGAGACGCGAUACGGGGCUUGCGGAAUGGGAGAGAGGGUGGGAUGCGGCUGGGAGGAGAUAG